AUGGCGACGCAAUACUCAACCGCCGUCUCCCAGCCCGCACCUUACCAACGCCACGCCUACCGGAAAUCGGCGCAAUACUCCCCCACCGGCUCGGCCAUGCACACGCCCAUGAACAUCUCGCCCUCGUCGCCGCGCAACACCCAGGCCCCCAUGCACCAGCAGCAGCACAUGGGCAUCCGCCCGCUCAAGACGGCAAUAGGCGUGCCAGCAGCACUGCGCAAGACGGAGCGACCCAUCAAGCAGUCCCCGCCCAAGGUCGACUCGGCCAGGACCUCUCCCAACAACGGCUGGGUCGGAGGCAGUCCUUUCGGCCAGCUCUCCAAUGACCGCGCCGUAACGCCCGUGUCCCAAGUCGGCAACGAGGACAUGCACAGCAUCUACAACGACGUGCCCAUGUCGCCCACGGCAGGACCCAUUACGCGCAACCACUGGCAGGCGGAUGGCUCCACCUCGGUCUGCUCGGCAUCUGCGUGUCAGACUCCUUUUGGUCUUUUCAACCGCCGUCACCACUGCCGGAAGUGCGGUGGUGUCUUUUGUUGGCAACACUCAUCCAAGCAAGUCCGACUGGAUGAGCUUGCACGCUUCCACGUAGAGGGCGAACUGUACCGGGCUUGCGACCGCUGCCAUGGCUCGUUCCGCGAGUGGGAGCACCUACGUUCAAGCCGCACGAAUAGCGAGAGCUCUGGUAGCAGCGCUGCCGCUAUCCAAGUCGAGGCGCCCGUCAUGCCGAAGCGACCAGACCUGCGCGUAGGCAGCCUUGCACAGAGCUUCCAGGGCGCUUGGAACUGGAGCACCUUCUGA